AUGAAGACCUCUAAAUCUCGAGAAUAUUGCUGUUGUGCCAUUCCUAUGGUAAAUGCAGGAAUAUACGCUGUUCUAAUAGAACAGAUGGUACUUGCCAUCGUGGUUGGGACUGUCGCCAUCUCAACUCCAUCCAUCGUUGGCGCCUCUAAUCCCUCGUUUGCAAAAUGGGUUCUUGCUAUACUUUGCUACAUUGCCGCUGGCGUGCAAUUGCUUGGGAUCUUGGGAGUUUCUCGGGAAAAGCCUACUGUCUAUCGGCGAUACGUUACCCUUCAUGGGAUUGCUAUUACUGCUGCCUUUUCUGUUGGCGCUGCUUGGACAAUAAUGUCAGCAACAAGACAUAGCACAGCGAAAGCUCAAUGUAUCAAGGACUUCUUCCCUCCCGCAAAUGCACAAACCAAUGUCUCGAGCGAAGGGGAUACACUUUGCACCAUAUUUCCUUGGGUAGACGUUGGCAUCAUGGGAGGAUUGCUCAUUUUCCUUGCAUUGGUUCAUAUUUACUUUUUCAUCGUUCUGUCUUCGUAUGGGACGUCCCAGCGCCGUGAUCAUGACCGUUAUGAUCAGGUUUACGACCCAGCUCAGCCACUUACAUCAGCUGAAAACAUUCCACUCGGCGAACAAAACGAUCCAUGGGAUUCUCGACCCUCUGGUGAAUACAACUAUGGACGCCAGGACAAAAACUAUACGCACAUAAGAAAUCAAAGCUCUGUCAGUGCCUCUGACGUCUUGCGCGAAGAGUACCGAGAACCCAAAGAUGGAUUUUCAACUGUCAACUAUGGAUAUAGUGGGUAUCCGCAGAAGCAGGAGCCAGCCUACCCUACAAAUGUUUACACUCAAGAAGCCGUUCCGACUCCAACGAAUAAUUACUACGGGUCUCCAGAUGACCAUUACAUCGAACGGCCUAUGCAAGCCCAGCCUCAUCCUGCGGAAGGCUCCUUCAAGCGAAAAACCCCACGACUGCCGAACUGA